AUGACGCGACGACUUCCUUGGGACCGCGAUGGCCCGGAAACGUUACCAACACCGACGAAGCCUACGACCACGACUCCGCGCAAAGCCGCGACGCCUGGGCGGGCCACAACACCAAGGGCGACUGGGACUCCUGCGCCGCUGAACAAGCGGAACGGCAAAAGAGCCCGCUCGAAUGACUUUCUCGGAGAUAGGAGUCCUCCAACCUCACCACCUCCUGAGCCCAUCCCAGAAAUCUUCAUGACCGAGGGCCUCGACAACGACGACGGUUACCGCAUGGUCGAGGACGAGCUCUUCACCAUCGCAGGGCAAUUCACCGCUCAUCUCCACGCGGCGGAGUACCAGCGCCUUAAGGCCCAGACGCGUUCCCAGAAUGCAGAGACGAUCAAGAACAUCUCGCGCCCCGUCGUUGGAUCUCUCACAGAGCUUGCGCGCAAGCGCCAAGAGGAGCUGCUCCGUAAGAAGAAGCAGCGCGAGGCCUUGCGGCGGGCGAAGCAGGAGGUCGGCCGGGAGGACGAUGAGAGCGGAGACGAGACGGGCGUGCCGUGGCGGGGCACGUCGCUGCAAGGGCUCAUGCACAGCCGCAAGAAGCAGGAAGUGCCGUUGAUGGCGCUAACGAGGGCCGACUUGGGAACGAAGGCUUCGAGUGUGUUUGGGGGCGUGGUGAGGUCUCAGAGCCAGAGACCGACGACUGCAACGAGGCGCGACGAGGAUGAUGCGGAGACGGAGGACGAGAGCGAUGACCUUGGAGAUCUCGGCCAAGCCCCAGUCAGGGGGAGUGCCGUGGUCAGCAAACCGGCGACUGCAAGGCCGGCUCAUCCGCCCAAACCUGCUGCGAAAGCAACGAGCCGACCUUUUCCGCAACCAUCCAGCAGCCGGGUAGCAGAUGCCAUGGUUGCCGCACACAGUCGACGUUCAAUCACCGCCAUGGCAGCGAAAUCAGUCUCGCCAACCACCACAGCCACGAAGACAACGCCGACUUCUGACGAAGACGAAGAUGACGAUGACAUAUUUACAAGAUUCAAGAACCGGAAAGCCAAUUCAAGGUCACAGCGUCGGGUACCGGAGAAGAAGGAAGAGGAGCAAGAGUCGAAGGGCAGCCGGGAUAUCAUUCCUUCUUUCAUCUGA